AUUUUUCAAUCGGGCGAGGAGGAAUUCGCCACAUUUUGGCUGGCUGAAGUUGGAGAGAGAGAAAAGACUUGAAACGUGGAAAAUAAUCCGAUGCCCACGGACCGCACGCGCUCGUGAUCAGCUCUGCGCCUCGUGCUGGGAAAAAGGGGCAGAAGAAAAGCUUCCCAAUAAGAACCGGACGAGUUUCCUGGAAUGGCGCAGAACUAUCUAUACUCUGUAUAGAAUAGUCAGUGGUCAUGCUGAAUGGAUAACACGACACUCGCGCCAAAAUAGUUCGCACGAAGCCCAGGCAUGAAACAGCGUCGGGAAUUGAAUAUGACAGAAAGAAGCGCUGUGGUGAUGCAUCCAUCCGCGACAAGCCGUCUCGGAUGGCAGGCAGGCAGCAGGCGGGGCAGCAGUCGACAAGACAUGACGCGGUGAUGCUUGGGUCGGAGAAAGAAGCGGGGGAGAAGUGAGUUCUGUCGAUCCGCUUGUCCUUGUACGAGGAGGCGAUGAACGGCUGCUAGCGAGCGCGCGAGACCAGGGCCCAGGGCGGACUGGUGAUCGGAUCCCAGCCAAGACCGAGCCGACCCGAGGUCUGCAGAGCGAUUCCGACAGCGCAGUGUUGAGUUGCAGGACGGCAGCAGUGGAGAGAUCGAGAGCUCAUCUGCCUCUGUCCUUCCGCGUUGCCAGCGGAGAGUCGCAUCCCUCGCACCAGUUUCUUUCUGCCCGGGACUUCCUAUGAUAGUCUGCUUCUUGCGGAGUCCGAUUCUGGAGGGAGAGGUAGCGGGCGAGUGCCGGGCGUCAAAUCUUCUCUCCUUGGACCACCGAAACGACUUACACGGACCGCAGUAGACAGCGAGGUGGCCGCGGAACUUGCCAACGAUCUAUGUUCGUGAGCCGAUUUGAAUGGGACAGCGCAGUGAGAGGUUUUCUUUCGGGGGUGAAUGUCGCGGUUGGCGCGACUUCUGAGAGAUGGAGAGCCCAUCGGAAGACACUGACCCUCUAGGCAUUUGUUUCCGCAAGUGAAUUCCGCGCUGGGAAGGGACGAUGAGGAGGAAUUUUGUGAAUAUUAGUCAGGGCGAGGAGAAGGGGCGACCGGGGAAUAUGCUCCCUUUUGUCUCCUCAAUCCUUCUCCUUGUUCGAAAGCUGCCAGAAUGGGUUUCCAGGCCGGGGAAUUCGCGCGCAUCCACCGAAUUGGGGAACAGAUUUUGCUUGUGUGUACCUGGUUGCAAAAGGAGGGCAAUGAUUGCAGGAGCUUUAGCGUGGGUGGUGCUGGUGUGCGUGUUGCUGGAAAGUACUGUUGCUGUUAGGCCACUGAAGGAGAAAGGUUUGGGAAUUGAGCACUCUCCGCUGCUCGACCAGUGGCUCGUUGCGGAUGGAAGUGGAGGCAUGGGGCCAUAUCCUAUGUUGAACAUUUCGGGAACCUACAAGGGCACUUGGUUGGUCCGAAACAUAACUGCAAGGUUUUCAGACUUUCGAAUGACAACGGGAAACAUCAUAUUUGAGCUUACAAGCUCACCUACCGAUCUACGGGGUGUUCACUAUGUCCAAGGCGAGGUUGUUCUUCAAGACGGAACAUAUCGUAGCGACGGCGACCUGCAAAUGAAGAUGGAAGGAGUGUAUGUGUGGCCGUUUCGGCAACUGCGGAUGGUUUUAAGCAACGCCUUGGAUAGUGACUUGAAAGUUGCAGAUGAUCUAUCGCAAGCGAGCCCCUACCAUCUGCUCGGCAUGUUCUCGUCGCAGGUGUUGCAAGAUUCUUCUAGAGAUCGUGUCCGAAGGAAUGGGAGAAGUUCUAGCAUGGCGGAAAUGGGAAAGCAUUGCAAAAUCCAAAUGGUGACACAAAUAUCUGCCGUUGUCUCCGACUAUAAAAGUGGGGAGCGGGAACACCAGGUGUGUGAGAUGCAGGGACUUAUGGAAGGUCCCAUGAUCGAUGAUGAUGGAGAAUGCUUCUCCCCACUGACAGUAAACGCCACGUCAGUCAACGUUGAAGUUUACUAUAAUAAAGCGGUCAACUACACGUUGAUGGUCACAUUUAUUUCCUUCCUUCAAGUUCUCUUCUUGAUCCGUCAAAUGGAACACAGCAACACUCAGUCGGGUGCCGCCAAAGUUUCUUUGUUGAUGAUUGGACAACAAGCCAUCAUGGAUGCGUACUUGUGUCUUCUGCAUCUUACUGCUGGUAUUCUUGUAGAAUCGCUGUUUAAUGCUUUUGCAACUGCGGCUUUUUUCAAAUUCGUCAUAUUCUCCAUCUUUGAGAUGCGUUAUUUGCUCGCAAUUUGGAAAGCAAGAAGGCCAGUCAAUUCUGGAGAGGGCUGGGAAGCCAUGCGUCGUGAACUCUCUGUUCUUUAUUCUCGCUUUUAUGGCUUCUUAUUAGGUGGCAUACUUAUCAUGUAUGAGCUACACAGCAUGCUGCGGUACAUAUUGAUUCUUUUCUACUCUUUCUGGAUCCCACAAAUCGUAGCGAAUGUGGUUCGUGAUUCGCGGAAGCCCCUACACCCUCACUAUAUCUUGGGGAUGACUGUCACCCGGCUGGCAAUUCCCUUGUACACUUUUGGGUGCCCUAACAAUUUCAUGAGAGUGGAAACCAGUUUCAGUUGGUGUAUUGGCCUCAUUGCAUUCAUGUUUUCGCAAGCUGCUGUCCUUCUUCUUCAGCAUUAUAUGGGUGCACGAUGCUUCAUUCCCCGCCAGUGUCUACCUGAGAAGUAUUGUUAUUACCGAAGAGUGGACCGAUCAUCCUUAGCUCCAGGAGGAGAAGACGAGAUUCUUGUAGUUGAUUGCGUCAUCUGCAUGGCUGCUGUGGACAUGGCAGGUCGCUCAACAGAAUGCAUGGUGACACCAUGUGAUCACUUUUUCCAUUCAGGCUGCCUACAGCGGUGGAUGGACAUCAAGAUGGAGUGCCCGACUUGUCGACGACCCUUGCCUCCUAUGUAAAGAUACUAUAUGUGUAAUUAUGGGUAUGGAAGACCCUUGUCUCUGGGUAAUGUCCUGAAACUCUGAGCAUCUUAAAGGUUGCCCUAUUCGGUAAAGUUUUAGGGCAUUCACGUUGUAAAAUUAUCUACUCACGAGAAGUUUAUAUGGUAGUCUUUUGGCAGACUUGUAAGCUGUUCACACCAUGUAUCUAGUGCUAUGAUGUGAUAUUGUAAAGUAUGCUGAUGACGCCUGCGGUUUCUUCCCAAGAUGUCUUGUAGCAGUCUGCAAUCUUGUCUAGUGAGGGAUUAGUAUCCUUUGUAUCAUAAACAGAUUUGUUGUAGAUCAACACUGAGUCAAUCCCCACAGUACAUACUUUGUACAUCGUAGUCAGUUUUGGAAGUUUGACUAGUACCAGCUAAUGGAACGUCGUCUUGUCUCAAGCUGGUAAGUCAUGGUUACUACUCAAGACACUAGGUAGCGAUUAUUAUAGCGCCGUGGGAAAGAUGGCAUGCUAGGAUGGUGAGGCCACAAGUCCUCGUGUGUCACAGAGUCAUGCCCAAUCCAUGAUCUAGCUCCCACGGCUUUCAUCCUGGAAGACGGAGGACGAGUAUAUCUGAACUUCAUUGGAGAUAUAACCUCAUUGCGUCAGUGAUGUCGGUCCUUACGAGAGGUGUUCUUGUUCCUCAACAGUUCAAAGCGCCACUCAUCUUUCCCGAGUUCAUGACAGGAGGUGGAUAAUACUCCUUGAGUUUCAACCCGUACCGCUUGACCACAUCAUCAGAUUCGACAAAUAGAAAGUCGUCUCAUAUGAUGGUACAAUGUCAGUGCUUGAUACAGCUAUUACAGGUUCUCGAGGUGGUGACCAUCCCACUCAUGAUGUUUCCGCCGUCGGUCUUCGUUCUCUAUGGAAAACCUAUGCAUUGUAUUCCAGUCCGGAGUUCGGAUGUCCUCCAGGGACACCCGGAUGACACUGCAACUUCCAUUUUGGAUGAUUAGGUCGACACAGAC